CGAAGGAUCAGCAAACCGAGUCCUGACUAUCUUCACGGCAAUAUGAUGGCGCUCUCCGCUUCAUUUUCUUUAGCAUUAGAUUAUCUUUUUGAUCCCCAAACCGAGGAGGCACCUUACAUUAAAGACGAACUCGAACAAUUUGUCGCCUUCCUUAGGCAUUCGAGGAGUCCGCUCAUUUUGAAGGGUUUGGAUAUUCUUCAAUGUGUGAUGGAAACUUGGGGAACUCCACCGCCACCGGGGACUACCUGGUUUGUGGCUUUUGAAGGACCAGUAUCACCCACAAGCUGGAUUCAGGGCCCUUUUCAUCAACCUCUCGAUUUGAAUUACUCCGGUCCGGCUGCGACAAAUAAUCUUGCUGGGUUUGGUAACGGUAAUAACCCAGCCUUUGCUUCGUUGCGAGUGUUCCAAAACAUAGAAUUUCCAGAAUCGCCACUACUUCCUCCACACAGUGCUCAUCAGCUCUCUCAGUCAUGGGCACAAGCUCAAGACUCAGCGGUCCAAUCGCUCAAUCUAUCUAAUCGAAAAGCCCCAUCUUUAAUUGAUCAGGUCUCAAAUGCACCUUCGACUUCUUCGAUUGUCUCACAUCAUACAUUGCCUGCCUCCUUAUCACAAUAUCACUCACAUUCUGUUGAUCAAUGUAGUCCAUCAGGAUCUACUAUCAGUCUUCCUCACUCACACCAACGUCAACAGCUUCACCGUUAUUCACUACCCUCCCAUUCUCUUGAUCAUGAACCUCAAAGUCCACAUAGUCGAUUUUUUCCUACUCAAGGAUCUAAUAAUGAUCAUCCUGCCUUCAAUCAACAAUUCAAUCAAGCUCAAGUCAUGUCUCAUAACAAAAUCCAUCCACAACAACGUACUCAACAUCAAAGCUUUUCUCAUCCUACUCAAACUUUUUCUUCAUUACAAAACCCAGAUCCAGCUUACAAUCAACUUUCCUCUUGGCCUGAACGAUGAACAAAUCGUACUUUCAACUUGAAUGAAUUUCUAAAAUAAUCUUAUAUUGUAGAGAAAGGACAAAGACUAUUAACGAUCGUUCAAAAUAAAACCAUCCAAAUCACUCAAAAAGAUUUUCUGUUGUUGUACUGCUACGAAUCCUGAGCUAAUUCUCUUUCAUUUUAGCUUUCUGUUAUACAAUCUUAUAUUUCUGUGGACAAUGAAUGUUAAAGAAACAUCGUCAUCAUUGUUGCUUAGGGUCUGAGGGAUUUACUUGGCUAUUAUGUAAUUCUUUUUGAUUGAAUUUGAACAUUCUAUUUGUUUUGUGUCGAUAGUAGCUCUGAUUAAUUUUGAGCACGUAAUGAGAGUUGCUUAUUUGGGAAAUGAAAAAAGAACGAUUUUGAUUUG